UGGAAGGCUAAACAUAAAUUUGAUGGCAAUAUUUAUGCUAUCAAAAUUGUAGAAUUAAAAGAAUUUGAUCAAAAUGAAAAAUCAAAAUUAUCAAAGGAAACUAAUAACUUAUCAAAAGUGGACUCAAUUUAUUGUGUAAAACUUUACGGAUAUUGGUUUGAUUCAAACUUUUAUUAUAUUCAAAUGGAGUUGUGUUCCGAUAGUCUUAAGAAUAUUCUCCGACACAAACCACAAGCGUUUGGACGACUAUCAGGAGAACCUCUAAAUUCAUACGAGUAUUUCAUUUCGUGUGAAAUAUUCCGAGAGAUCUUAGAAUGUGUUCAGUAUUUGCAUGCAUUGAAACCACAGAUCAUUCACAGAGACCUCAAACCAGAAAACAUAUUAAUAACAAUAAAUCCAGUUGAUGGUAGGCAUUUAAAGUUAGGUGAUUUUGGAUUGGCCACAAUUCAUGAUAAAAGCGUUAACAAAUUUACCGCAAACAAACUUACAUCUGGCGUUGGUACUCCUGGAUAUAUAGCCCCAGAAAUAUUAGGAGGCAAAGUCUACGAUCAAAAAUGUGAUAUUUAUAGUUUGGCUGUAAUUGGCGAAAAUGUCUUAUUCACAAUCAAAUCA